UACAUAUAGAAUUUUGUUUUAUUGACAUGUUUAAUUAGUAAAUAAUUAACUAUCCAGUUUUCACAACUUACACAUUUAAAUGUGUAUUAAAGCACAAACAUUAGAAAAUAAAUUUGUACAUAUAUAACUUAAAUAUUUUUAUAAAUUUGUACUUAUAAACAAUCCACAAAUUUAUGUCACUGUUCAAUUAUCUUCAAAAACAACUCGAUGUUGUCAACAAAGUUAAAUUAUUUAUCUUCUUAAAUUUUAAAUGGAAAUAAAUAUUUUAAUGUUGCACAAAAUGCUUUUACUAUUUGGUCAUUUUAAACCUUAGAACCCCUCAGAAAUUCCCUAAAUAAGUAACAGUACAAUUGUCAAUUAAUUUGUGACAUUUAAAUAUAAAAUUUAUACAACUUACAUAUUAAGAAGUAUAACAUAUAAUAUAAUGUUUAUAUAAACAAUAUACACCAACAUAAUAUUUUUGUUAUAUGACUCUAACUUUAAUGAUUAAAAAUAUGGUCAAUGUCUCUUACGUAAGCCUUAAAUAAAAUUAUUUAUUGGCAAUAAUAAAUGUGAACCUUCUAAAUUUUUUAUUUUCUGACAAACAACACCAUUCUUUAAACCUACAUGUACAAUUUUAUACAUGUCUAAUUAUGACAUUUUACUAUCAAAUUUUUAAUUACUUAAACUGAUUGUCGCCAAACAAUGUUGAUCAUAUUUGAUUCUAAAUGGAAAUAAAUAUUUCAACAAUAUACAAAAUUUUAUUAUUUAGCUAUAUUAAAUAAGAAAGACCUUACACAUUCUCAGAGAAUCUUGUGAUAAAUUUAAUAGAACAACUGUCAACAACAAAAUUAAAUUAAGUAUUAAAAUAUAAUAAAUAAUAUAAAAUUUUGUAUAUUACUUUUUAAUUAUGGGUAUAAAUUUGUACUUACAUAUAUAUAAUUAAUCCACAUAAACAUACACAAUUCACUAUUUUAAUAUAACUGUCAAAUGUUCGAAUGUCUUCAAAACUUUCCAGUCAGUGACACCAACAGGUCUAAAUUUUUUCGUCUUACUUGAUUCUAAACGGAAUUUGAAAAUUCGCCCUCGAUUUGAAUUCUUAUUGUUAUUAAAAUGGGACCAGAGUAUUUAUUUAUAUAAAUAUUUAAUUAUUUAAUUAUAUAAAUAAUUAAUCUCGCGAAAAAAUCUCCCGCCAAUUAAUUAGGGUUGUCGUCCCUGCCAAAAUAGUGAGUUUCCUUAGUUCAGUGAAACAAUCGUUCUUUUCGCUUUCAACCGUCGUCAGGAACAGACGUGUCCCGGAGCUCGACCCUAGAGCACCCUUAUUUUCAACACCUGCGACAAUAAGGCAAGUGCCAUGGCGGAAGCAUUGGAGAAACCCACUCACGGAGAGGCGAUGAGAAAGAUUCUCGAGAGCAUGUCCGGCUUGGCUCUGGACAAACCAAUCGAUACCGUGCACGAAUGGUACAUACCCCAGUGGUUCGACGUUACCCACUGGAAAAUCGACAAACGAUACAAGUUGGAGGUCACCAACAUCUAUGAUCCAUCAAAAUUCUGGGUCGUCACCAAGUUCGAAGAGUUGGCGGUGUUCCAAAAGGAGCUCAAGCAGUUUUACGAUAAGCGCAGAAAGACUCUGCACUUUCCACUGAAGGAAAUCACAAAGGACAGGCUGUGCGUUAUUGAGAAACAGGGUGUAUACUACAGAGCCAUGGUAAGGAGGACUAUCAUCACAGGAGGCUCAGAGAUCUGUAUCCAGGCCUUCCUUCUGGAUUACGGCUACGUAUCGCAUGUUCCCCCGAAUAAGAUGUUUCGCUUCUACAAAGGACUGACAAAGUUGCCCAUGCUUGCUGUUCGAGGUGAGCUGGAUCAGGUCAGACCGAAGGGAAGUGAGUGGACAACGGAGGAGGCCAGGAGGGUCAGCAACAUGUUGUCCAACGCUAACACGCUCGGAACACUCAAAGCAAUUGAUACAGACAGAAAAGUUUUAAGUCUGGACUUGGAAGUGUACAAAACUAGAAAGGAAUUUGCCAGACACCUGGCAAUAGACUUGGUGAGACAGAAAUUAGCUAGAAAGGCUCGUCCCACUGUGAACAGACAGGCAGAAUACUUUUUUCCGCUGCAUCAAGAACUUGAGCUUGGAUUGGCGCCGUUUCCUAAGUUCCUGCUGGAAAAAUUGAAGUCUAACUUAUCUCCACCAGCGGGCGAUAAACCAACUGACAAAAAAAAGAAUAUUACUAACCUUUAAUUGGAAUUUCAAUGUUCAUUUUGUUAAUUUUGUUUGUUUUUGAGUUUAUUUUGUUUUUUGGAAAAAUUAUUUAGUUUUUUGUUCAAUAAAAAAAUUUGAUUUA